AUGCCUGGAUGGUUCAGAAAGGUGUGGUAUGGGCUGGCAUCUUUACUCAGCUUCUCCUCCUUCGUCCUGAUCAUCAUUGCCCUGGCGGCGCCCCACUGGCUGAGUGGGAAAAUCCUCUGUCAGACUGGAGUGGACCUGGUCAAUGCCACGGAUCCAGAGCUGGUCAAAUUCAUUGGGGACAUUUACUACGGACUCUUCCGAGGGUGUAAGGUGCGCCAGUGUGGGCUCGGGGGCCGCCAGUCCCAAUUCACAAUCUUCCCACACCUGGUGCAGGAGCUCAACACGGGCCUCCACGUGAUAACUCUGCUUCUCCUCUUCUUGGCCUCGGCCCUGGCUCUGGUCAGCAUGGGCUUUGCCAUCCUCAACAUGGUCCAGGUUCCAUACAGGGCAGUCAACGGCCCCGGGGGCAUCUGCCUGUGGAAUGUCCUUGCAGGCGGAGUCGCGGCCUUGGCCAUCAGCAGCUUCAUGGCUGCAGUGAAAUUUCACGACCUGACCGGACGGAUCGCCAACUUUCGGGAGAAGCUCUUUCGGUUCGUGGUGCUGGAAGAACAGUACGAAGAGUCGUUUUGGAUCUGUGUGGCCAGCGCCUCCGCCCAUGCUGCGAACUUGGUUGUGGUGGCGAUCAGUCAAAUUCCUCUCCCGGAGAUCAAGACCAAAAUAGAAGAGGCCACGGUCACGGCUGAGGAUAUCUUGUAUUAA